UAAAACUUGUAAUAUCUCAGAAACCAUAGCAGCACAAACGAAGCACUAUAUUCAGUCCCUGACUGUUUCAUGCGGAUGGGUGUCAGCUCCACUCAGCUCUAGUUCCUAGGAGCAGUUAACUGGAGCCGUUCUUCCUGCCCAGUGCGCGCUGCUACCGCGGAGGAAACGCAAGCUGUCUGUCGGCUGUCCCAACGCCAGCGCCAUUGAUUGCUGUUUAUCCACAGUGUCCGAAUUAAUCCGGAGGAAAAUAUUCAAUGUGAAUUGAUGUAAAUGUGUGAGGUCCCGAACAAUAAACCUAUGUCCUAAACUCUGAACAUGUUUGAAUUUGGUUUGACGCACUCAUGAUGACUGAAGUUUAACAGCAAACAUUUCUCAGAGCAGUUCAGAGUGUGAGGAGCGGAGCGGACAGAAACACGGAGUUCUGUCCAGGAAUCCUCCUUCUAGGUCCAUCACAGACACAGCUUCCGCUCUGAAGAGCCGAGCCGUGCCGAACUGCUCGCUGUUCAUGUCAGUAACUGCUGUCUCGGCAGAAUCAGAGUCAGGCGGAUGUUUUCAUCACGAGUUGCAGCCUCCUGCCAGCAGCCGAGCGUCCCUCAGAGGACAACGGAGCAACAACUCCUUGCUACAAACACCUCAGAGGGGAGCUGAGGUGAGACGUGUUCUUGUGUGGAGCCUGCUGCCAUGGCUCAGUACCUGAGGCAUUUCACUGCUGUGGGCGACCUGCGGCCUGGCCAGUGGGUGGAUGAAGAGCUGCAUGUCCACAGCGAGGAGCUGAGCCCAGCUACAGGCCAGUACCCCACAGCGCUCACCUUCAGGGAUUCACUGAGGAGGCUCUACACCUCUGACCGCUUCCAGAUCGCGGUGGUGUGUUUGGUUAUCCUGGAUGCUUUCUUCGUCAUGGCGGAGCUGCUAAUAGAUCUGUCUGUCAUUAAGCUGGAGCAUGGUCACAUUGCUCCUGAGGUGUUCCACUACCUCAGUCUGUCCCUUCUCAGCUUCUUCAUGGUGGAGCUGUCUGGAAAGCUGUUUGUCUUCCGUCUUGAGUUAUUCUAUCACAUGUUUGAGGUGUUUGAUGCUGUGGUGGUGGUUGUAUCAUUUGUCCUGGAUAUUGUCUUCAUCUUCCAUGAGGAUGCCUUUGACGGGAUGGGUCUCCUUAUCCUGCUGCGACUUUGGAGGGUUGCCAGAAUUGUCAAUGGGAUUUUGGUGUCGGUGAAAACUCGCGCGGCCCAGAAGAUCCAUAAGCUGAAGGAGAGCUACGACCACCUCGUUGAAAGAGCCACAGAGCUACAGAAGUGCAACGAUGAGCUGACACAAGAGAACCAGAAGCUGCAGGCUCUCCUAGAGAAACAUGGCAUCGGAUUCGAACACUAAGAACUCUGUGGUAACCUUCUUCACAGGUCUGAUCUCAGUAUCCCUUGUGAUUGUUUCCCAGUAUCAUGUAUCAGUAGAGCCCUGCAGGACAAUCCUGUUAAAUGUCUGUCUUUAUUGAUUCAGAGUCAAACAUGUUGAGUUUUAUGGCAUUGUAAAUAUGUUGCACUUCUGACUGAUAACUUGUACAUAAAUCAUGUAAUUCGUCAAA